AUUUUUCAGUCUCGUCUAAAAAACAAAAAAUUAAAGUGACCAAAUGACGACGUCAGUUUGACAAACAUUAGAAGAAUAAUGGAGUACUUAAAUCAGGAAGAAAGCAGCUAUUAUAUAAACGAAUCACACUUCUUCAGGAGGGGCACUGAUUGAUUAAAGGCAGUGAUCAGGUCAUGAUGUCAUUGUCAGCUGAUGUUAAAGCAUUUUCAUCGCUAUAAUAAUCAGUGUGUGGUCAACCGAGGCUCCACACUUUGAUUUCAGUAACGUUACGCUGCUAUGGAGGUCUCAACCGAAGUUGGAAAGAUGUCACUGCUGGUGUUGUCUCUGGUACUGCUUACAUUUGGGUUCAUUCAGUGCAGGCCGCCUGUUGAGGACAAGACAGGACUGGACCCUGAAGUGAAUAUGAACAUCAGUGAGAUCAUCAGACACUGGGGCUACCCAGCCGAAGAAUUUGAAGUGGUCACUGAGGAUGAGUACAUCCUGAGCGUCAACCGAAUCCCACAUGGGGUCAAAAACAAGGAUGGACAAGAAGCCAAGCCUGUAGUGUUCCUCCAACAUGGUCUUCUUGCUGCUGGAAGUAAUUGGGUGACAAACCUGCCCAACACCAGCCUGGGUUUCCUGCUAGCCGAUGCUGGAUUCGAUGUGUGGAUAGGCAACAGCCGUGGGAACACCUGGUCCAGAAAACAUGUCAGCCUUGACCCCAAACAGAAAAAAUACUGGCAGUUCAGUCAUGAUGAACUGGCUAAGAAGGAUCUUCCUGCAGUGGUAAACUUCAUUACAAAGACCACUGGCCAGGAGCAAAUCUUUUAUGUGGGCCAUUCCCAGGGAACCACUAUAGCGUUCAUCGCUUUCUCCACAAUGCCGGAGCUGGCCAGCAAAAUCAAGAUGUUCUUUGCUCUGGCUCCUGUCGCCACAGUGGGGUUGACCAAAAGCCCCAUGUCCAAAUUGUCUGUUAUUCCAGAGUUUCUCAUUUGGGAUCUCUUCGGACAAAAGGACUUCUUUCCUCAGAAUGAGUUGAUUAAGUUUUUUGCCACUGAGUUCUGCAGCAGAAAGCCUUUGAGUGUGCUGUGCGGGAACGUCUUCUUUCUUCUCUGUGGUUUUGAUGAGAAGAACCUGAACAUGAGCAGAACACCUGUGUACACAACACACUGCCCAGCAGGAACCUCGGUCCAGAACAUGGUUCAUUGGGCUCAGGCUGUGAAAUCCAGUAAGCUUAUGGCAUAUGAUUAUGGAAAAGCUGGAAAUAUGGCACAUUAUAAUCAGUCGACCCCUCCCCUGUACAACGUGCGGGACAUGACAGUACCCACAGCGUUGUGGUCUGGUGGGCAGGACACUCUGGCAGAUCCUCAGGACGUGGCUCUACUGCUAACACAGAUACCCAAAUUGGUGUACCACCGUGACAUUAAACACUGGGAGCACCUGGAUUUCAUCUGGGGUUUGGAUGCCCCACAAGAGAUGUACAACAAAAUGAUCGAAAUGAUGAGGGAGAAUGUGUGAAGAGACAUUUUGGUUUGAUUUUAAAACAUAAAAUCAAAACAUUCCUUGAGCUAAUACUUUUGUACCUCUUUGUUUGUUCUUUCUGUAAGCAGAUGAAUCCAUUUGUUUGAGGUGC